CUCUGCCUGCUCUCGUCUCUUUCACCAGGUUCAUACUUUUAACACACCGCGCACACAGUGUGUCCAUAGCCUCUAUCAAUGCCGACAAUGGCGGCAUUGGACGAGCCCGCGCCCAAAAGACGCAGGAUCACACACGAACCUGAUGACCUGUACACCUCUCGACCGCCGCCCCCGCCGCCUCCCUUCCACUCCUACCUGGUGAUCGCCGAAACGAGACUGAUCGCCAACGACUCCGAGGCAGACCGUCUGGACAUAAAUUUCUCGGGUAGUGAACCUCUUGCAAUCACUAUUUACGAUGCAGAAGCACAGGAUCAGCAUUACAAGAUCGCAUUUUCUGUCGGUCGAAACACGAGAUGGAAGUACCAUCUCUACGUCAAGGCCCUGUCGUCGGGUAGUGGCGACAUCCUGCAGGAUGCCACACGUCUUGAAUCCGUCGCGAAGUACAAGGCUCCCGCUGCCCUCCCACUUGCCUGCGCUUAUGCCUCUAUCCACCCUUCCUCAACUGGGCUGUGCGUUGACGUUUCCAUACUCUGGGAGAAUACCACAAAUAUCAGAGACCGUAUUGACCCGAGGCUCCUGGAUAUUUUGGGACGUUAUCUACCGUGCGACACCGUCUCAGCCCCUGCUUUCAAGACGUGGAAUCCCCGGCAAUUCUAUGACAAUGUCCAUGUCCCGAUGAAACCUUAUGACAAUGUCCAUGUCCCGAUGAAACCUCGCUUGGGUUCGGCAGAUAUCAUCAAAAUCCCGUACCUAGAGUCCGAAUUGUUCCCCUUCCAGAGACGUGCUGUGCGAUGGCUAUUGAAAAGAGAAUGCGCAUCACUAGAGUAUGAUGGCCAGGUCACAACUGUUUAUGAUGACCGUGGGGCUUCCAUGCCCCGGGGAUUCGAGCUGCUGAAAACACAUCGAGGGCAAAUGUGCUUCGUCAAUCACACGUUGGGUGUGGUCAGCACGAACCGUUCAUCAGUCCUGCAAGAGUUCUCGAGUAUCAGAGGCGGAAUCCUUGCCGAGGAGAUGGGUCUCGGGAAGACCUUGGAGAUCAUUGCGCUCAUUUGCCUACAUCGGAAAACGCGGACCAUCGCUUGCGCUCCCGGUUUGAGACAGUCUUCGGCGACCUUGAUCAUUACGCCUCCUUCAAUUCUCGAGCAGUGGAAGCAAGAAAUUCAGGAACAUGCCCCGGCCUUGCGAGUACACCACUAUCAGGGUCUGAGCAGUUACCGCAAGAAAGGCGACGCGCUCAUUGAGGAGUUGCUGGACCAAGAUGUGGUGCUCACGACGUACAAUGUCAUCGCCAAAGAGAUUCAUUAUGUUAUGGAGAAGCCGGACAGAUAUCUACGCACCCGUCCCCGUGUAGAACCGCCGAAAAGUCCCCUGACCCAGAUCUGGUGGUGGCGAGUCUGCUUGGACGAGGCCCAAAUGGUUGAGAGCGGCGUAUCCUCUGCUGCCACAGUUGCCCGACUUAUACCUCGUAUCAAUGCAUGGGCUGUGACCGGCACACCACUGCGAUCGGGUCAUCGUGAUCUUCAUGGGCUGUUGCUGUUUCUGCGAUAUCAACCUUGGUCUGUUUCAACUCGACUUUGGGACUACCUCGUCACCUAUCACCGACCAUUGUUUAGGCAGAUGCUGCAGGAGAUCGCGAUGAGACAUACCAAAGAUUACGUCCGAGAGGAUCUGCGACUGCCCCCGCAAAGCCGUCAUACGAUCACGAUUCCCUUUACUCCGAUUGAAGAGCAGCACUAUGCACAACUGUUUCAGCAAAUGUGCGAUGAGUGCGAGUUAGACCGGAUCGGUACACCACUCGCUGGGGACUGGGACCCAAAUUCACCGGCAACGAUAGAAAAAAUGAGGACAUGGCUGACCCGUCUACGACAAACAUGUCUUCAUCCGGAAGUUGGUGGGCGCAAUCGUCGAGCUCUAGGUCGAAACACGAAUGGUCCUCUUCGGACGGUGGAUCAAGUGCUAGAGGUGAUGAUCGACCAACAUGAGAGUCAGCUCCGAACCGCUCAACGAGGUAAGCUGAUGGCGAUGAUUCGCAGAGGACAGCUCAAAGAGAAUGCCAAAGCGACUGAAGAUGCCUUGCACAUAUGGCGGUCUGUAUAUGACGAGUCGGUGGCCAUUGUGCAAGAUUGCCGAAAGCAGUUGUUGGAGGAAGAGGCGUUCGCUGCCAACCUGAAAAAGGAGCAGGAGGACGAGGACGAAGAAGAAGCCAACCCCCGACUGAUUGCGGCAAGACUACGGCUUCGCAAUGCACUCGAAGUCCAGCAUAUCGCCAUAUUCUUCAUUGCCAAUGCCCACUUUCAACUAAAGUCGCUUGAAGAUCCAGAGAGUGAGAAGUACCAGGAACUCGAGAAACGCGAAACCGCUGCGUACGAAGAAGCCAAGGCCAUUCGUGGAGAGCUGCUUGCUGAAGUUCAACGUCAUGUGAACAAGGCCAUCGGUGUGGUCAGAACCGAUGUGGCUAAAGGCCUGACUCAACUCCCUGAUAUGCCGGAACCCGAGGACGAUUACACAGGGAUCGAAAGCAGGAAAUUAUUCGACAAGGUUGCAGCUUAUUGCCGGGCUAUGAACGUGCAGGCUCAACAAUUUCGUGAUCUGCGGAAGAAAAUGGCCGACUUCUUGAGUCGGGCACUGAUCGACGAAGACGAAGGAGUCGAAUUGCAAGGAGAUGAGUACGAAAGCUCGACCAAGCACCAAGAUGAGAUGUAUGCCUAUAUGGAAGCAUUGAGAGCACUUGUUGCCGACCGCAGCGAAGCCAUCAGCGGGCAGGAAAACAUGCUUAUCAAACAAGAAAUGAAACAGUUUCUCCGCGCUGCAAAGGAUGGUGAAGGCCCAGCACCAGAGUUGAUGUUGAAGCUUUUAGCCGACCGGCAGGAGAAACGCGUCAAGGUCAAAGAAUAUGGCUCUCUCCGCGGCAUCAUAGCUGAGAUCAGGCAGUUGGUCAUUUCGCUGCAGUGGCAACAAGGCAAUGGACAUGAUCGGGCUGGGCACGAACUUGAGAUUCUGGAGCGGAUCUUGAAGCACGUCCAGCAGCUCGGCGUCGGACAAACCAAGGCGAUGAAUUCUCUCGAGCAAGAAGUCAAUCAGUUCCGCGACACCAUGAACAGCCGUUUGGACUACUAUCGGGCACUACAGAAGAUUUCAGAUACCGUGGCUCCUUACCAGGAAGAGAACGUUGGCAGGCCUUUGUCUCAGAAGGAAUAUCGCGCCUUUGAGACCGAGGAGGCGAAAUUGCAGCAGAAGAUCGUUUCCUUGUCCGGCAAAUUACGAUAUCUGUUGCACAUGAAAACCGAGUCGAAAUCUGCCGCUCCCCGGAUCUGCACCAUUUGUACCGACAACUUCGAGGUUGGAACCAUGACGUCCUGCGGACAUCAAUUCUGCAAAGACUGUAUUCUGACAUGGUGGGCCCAGCAUCGCAACUGUCCCGUGUGCAAGACACCACUGCACCCAAACAGCUUCCAAGACAUCACCUACAAGCCGGCCGAAAUUGCCGUGCAGGCCGAGUCGCCAUCCGGCUCAAUCUCUCCAUCUAACUCGGGUUCUGGUACUACAGAUCGAGCUCACGAUCAGUCAAUAUACUCGGACAUUAGCACCGGCAUGCUCAACCAGAUCAAGAACGUCGAGUUGCGAGGCCCUAGCUUUGGCAGCAAGAUCGACUUUCUGUGUCGGCACCUGUUAUGGCUGCGCGAGCACGAUCCCGGAUGCAAGUCAAUUAUUUUCUCGCAGUAUCGUGAAUUCAUCGACGUGCUGGCCCGGGCUUUCGACGAGCACAAGAUCUCUUCGACCCGCAUUGACGCAAAGAAUGGCAUUGAGAAGUUCAAGUCGGACCCAACGGUCGAGUGUUUCUUGUUGCACGCCAAAGCUCAUUCGACGGGGCUGAACCUGGUGGUUGCCAACCACGUCUUCCUCUGUGAACCGCUCAUCAACACCGCCAUCGAGCUGCAGGCCAUUGCACGAGUCCAUCGAAUCGGUCAAGUCCGUCCCACCACUGUGUGGAUGUAUCUCAUUGCCGACACCGUGGAAGAAGCCAUCUACGACAUCAGCGUCACCCGUCGCCUCGCGCAUCUGAAGAGUCACGGCAAGUCGAGCACCAAUACCGAAGGAGGUAAGAACUUGACAGCUGAAAUAUCCGGGGCUGCGGAGCCAUCAGCAUCGCAAUUCGGAUCCGCAACCGGCGGCACACGCACCCCUAACGGAGGGUUACAAGAGACCGCCAUCGAUGCAGCCAAUUCGAUGGAAUUGCAAGCCGCGGACCUUUCGAGGCUGUUGACAUCCGGCAAGAAUGGCGGCGAAAUGGUCGACAAGGAAGAUCUAUGGGCCUGUCUGUUUAGCAAAGUCAAGCAGCGCGAAGAGGUCAUGGGUGGAGGAGUCAGUGCUGCUAUGGCUUCGGCGGCGGCGGCGGCGGCUGCAGAUGCACAGCCUGCAAACUCGGAAAUCGGACGCUUGCUUCGACUGGAGGCUGCGCAACGCCGAACCGACGUGAACAUUUUGUGAAACAUGACAGAGGUUCCUCUCGGCCUUUCCGACUUUUCAAGCCAACUCGAGAGAAAGGACAUGGACGGAACGGAACGCGGGCGGUAUGGAAAAGGAUUGAUUUUUCCUCUACCACUCUUCCCCGGUGGAUCAUGGCAUGGCAUGCAUGAUCACACGGGUCGUAUGAUUUUAUUGAUCUUUUCCAGCACGGCAGACACGAGCCAUGACGAGAACGGAGGCUCAGAAAAUGUAUGAGUAAUCAAUCUUCCCGAAGGAAGAAAUUAAUGGAGCGCAAACAUGAUACCGGAGGCACAGGCACAGACACAGGCACAGGCACAGGGAGAUACGAAUUGUCUCGGUUGCAGUGCCCUCGGUUUCGCUUGCUCAGUCAGUACCUAGGGGGACAGACUUAAUACCAAAAAAACAUUUGUUAGUGUAAUUAAUCUUUCGAUCUGUUUAUGUUUAUCCUUCUAAGAAAACCGGCUUCCCAUGGCAUAGCGUGGGUAAAUAAUGCUGGACACCGUAUGUACGAACAAACAAUAAUCAAGAC